AGUGCGCUGUUUGUGCGGAAAGACGCGCCCCCUGUGCGUAAAAAGGCAGGACAGACAGGACGCAGCGCGACGCUUCCUCUGCUGCUUACCUGAAACAGCGCAGUUUACAGACAGGCGGGCAGGUACACAGAGGAGCGGAGCCGGAAGAACGAGCAGGUCGACUUUUCCUCAUAGUAUUUUUUCCCCCAUUCCACUCCAGGCUUUUCUUAGAUAAUUCUGCCCCCUGCUUCUCCUUUUUAAAAGCGAUUUAUUAUUUAUUUUGUAUUAAGUGACGCGGCCCCGGGCGAAACAUGACAGAGCACAGAAAGAAGCUGAUUCUUAUCGUAGUGGAUAUUCUUUGUGUCUUUGUUGCGGCCCUGCCCUCAGCCAUCCUGACGCUGAUGUUUAAACCGUACCAAAGAGGAAUCUACUGUGAUGAUCAGAGCAUCAGCUAUCCCUACAGGAGAGACACCAUCUCCCAUGGAGCCAUGGCUGCCGUCACCAUCACCUGCUCCAUUGUCAUUAUCACCACGGGAGAGGCCUACCUUGUGCACACAAAUCGCCUGCACUCCAACUCCCAGUUCAACAAUUACUUGUCAGCUCUUUAUAAGGUGGUGGGAACCUUCCUGUUUGGAGGAGCUGUCAGCCAAUCACUGACUGACCUGGCCAAGUUCACCAUAGGUCGUCCUCGUCCAAACUUCUUGGCCGUGUGCGCUCCGGUCAGCUGUAACGGAUACAUGCUGCAGAUCAACUGCACCGGCUACCAUCGCAAUGUGACUGAAUCCAGGUUGUCGUUUUACUCCGGCCACUCGUCCUUUGGGAUGUACUGCAUGCUCUUUCUGUCGCUCUACGUCCAGGCCCGAAUGCAGGGGAAGUGGACGCGCCUGGUUCGACCGACCAUCCAGUUCUUCCUGGUGGCGUUUUCUCUGUAUGUAGGAUACACCCGUGUGUCUGACUACAAACAUCACUGGAGUGACGUGCUGGUGGGGCUGCUGCAGGGAGCUCUUAUCGCUGUGCUCACUGUCCGAUACGUGUCCGACUUCUUCAAGCAGCGCCCCCCUCGCUGCACACACACAGACGCGGCAGAGAUCGAACACCUUGAACGCAAACCAAGCCCACAGCCUCCUGACUCGCAGCACGGAAACCACUACAACUACUCUGGACCUGUAUGAGCUCUUUCCAGCAGCUACUCUUACUAACCUGGGCCUACAAGCUCACUAACAGCAGCUCCAUUACCAAAGGACAUGUGACUUAUACAGAAAAAAAAAAAAACACAAUGAAUGCAGUAACCACUACCUAAUAAUCCAGACUAGACCUGCUACACUCUGCAACGACUUCCCUGUUGGAACAGAAGCUCAACCGUCUGUGUCUUUUUAGUUAGGGUGUGUGUGCUGCGAAAAUAUGUGCGAUUGUGUUUUUUGUGUACACGUGUAGCGUGUUGUUUUGUUCGAAAGUGUGCAAUGAUAUUGAUUUUAUGAUCGUUUGUCUUAAUUUUGUGCUGCGUUGAUAAGAUUUGUGGGAGAGAAUUUAGGCUGUGAGUAACACCGAAAAGUGAAGCAAAAACUGGCUGGUGUUUUUGAAAUUUACAGAUGUCUUCAGCAAAGGUUUUUCUGUCUCAUGGACAGACAAAACCUUGGAGGAUGAAUGUUUUUCUACUUUGUUGCUUACUUACUGCAAUCAGAGAACACAUAUUUUACACUGGAGCAAGACUAUAUCUGCCUGUCCCUGCCACUUUUGUAAUUUUUCUCUGCAGACAUCUAUAUUGAACUGUCUUUAGAAGAUAUACAUGUGUAAUGAUGGACUAUAUACAUGAUUUUGUAUAGUGCUAACAUUUUUAUUUUGUUUAUUACUACUGUAUCUAAUAAAUUGUGUAGCUUUUUAA